GAAAGACGGGGGAGGUGCCGUUUGGCGCAGUACGAACACCGGGCGAUUUUCUGUCCUUUCACUGAAACACAUCGUCUGUUGGCGGUUCUCUUUUCGAUUUAUUAUUUUUUUAAUUGUUAUAUCUUUACUUUUAUAUCUGUGUCAUAUAUAUAUUAAGCGAUAAGCACGAAUAAAAUCGCAACAUGAGUUCGAUCAACGUAAAGAAGCUGAAAGUAAACGAGCUGAAGGACGAGCUGAAGAAACGGCAGCUCUCCGACAAGGGGCUGAAGGCCGAGCUCAUGGACCGGCUGCAGGCCGCGCUUGACGAGGAGGCCCAGGCCGGGGGAGAGUUCCCGGGGCCCGGAGCCGAGGAGAACGGCGACGAGGGCGGCUACAACGACGGCGCGGGCGUCGCAGAUGAGAUGGUAGAAGAUCUAGAGGAGGAUAUGGCUGGAGAGAGCAUGGAGGCCGAUGGGGAGCCCGAGGAGGGGGACGAGGUGGGUGAGGCGGACGCUGAGGAGCCCGCGGCCGAAGGUGGAUGCGAGGACGUCGGCGGGCAGCAGGACGAUGAGAUGGGCGACGAGGAGGACGAGGACGCCGCGCUCGAGAUGGACAAGCUAGUGGACGAAGACGAGGACGCGGCGCUGCUGAAGGAGGACGAUGAGGAUAUGGAGAAACUGGACGACGAUGACGGAUUGCCUGGAUCGCAGCCAAUAGACGGGGAUGCGGACAAAGACAAGAACGCUGAACAGAAGAAUAAGAAGGGUGUUAAGAGACGUCGGGAGGAACAUGGAAGGGGCUACUUUGAAUUUAUUGAAGAGAGCAAAUACAGCCGGGCCAAGUCUCCACAGCCACCUUUGGAGGAGGAAGAUGAGGAGUUUGAUGACACCACCGUCUGUCUCGACACUUACAACAGUGAUCUGCAUUUCAAAGUGUCACGGGACCGCUACAGUGCCUCCUCUCUCACCAUGGAGAGCUUUGCCUACUUGUGGGCAGGUGGCAGGGCCUCCUAUGGAGUGGCUAAGGGCAAGGCCUGUUUUGAAAUGAAGAUCAUUGAGAAGAUUCCUGUGAAGCAUGUGUCCAGCAAAGGCAUUGAGAUCCACGAUGUCCAAGUGGGCUGGUCCUUGGCUAGUGGCAGCCUUCUCUUGGGUGAGGAGGAGCACUCCUACGCCUAUUCCGUCAAGGGAAAGAAAACCAUUAACUGUGUGACUGAAGACUAUGGGGAGACCUAUGAUGAGAACGAUGUUAUCGGUUGUCUUGUUAACUUUGAAGCGGACGAAGUGGAGCUGUCCUACUCCAAGAAUGGUCGGGACCUUGGUGUGGCCUUCAAAGUCAGCAAGGAUUUGUUGACUGGACGGCCCCUUUUCCCUCAUGUCCUGUGUCAUAACUGUGCUGUGGAGUUCAACUUUGGCCAGCGAGAGAUGCCAUACUUCUCCCAGCCAGAGGGCUUCAACUUUCUGCAGCAGAUUCCAGUGGAAGACCGUGUGCGUGGCCCCAAAGGGCCAGAGACCAAGAAGGACUGCGAGGUCAUUGUUAUGGUUGGCCUCCCUGGUGCUGGAAAGACUGCUUGGGUGACUAAACAUGUGGAAGAAAACCCUGGGAAGUACAAUGUCCUGGGCACCAACACUAUCUUGGAGAAAAUGAUGAUAUCUAGCUUGAAGAGACAAAUGAAGGACACAACAAAACUGACUGCCAUCUCCCAGCGUGCCCCUCUGUUCCUGGGGAAGUUCAUUGAGAUUGCUGCCCGCAAAAAGCGCAACUACAUCCUGGACCAGACCAAUGUGUCUGCUCCUGCCCAAAGGAGGAAAAUGUGCCUGUUUGCUGGGUUUCAGCGCAAGGCUGUGGUGGUCUGUCCAACAGAUGAGGACUACAAACAGAGGACACAAAAGAAGGCUGAGACAGAUGGAAAAGAUGUCCCUGAGCAUGCUGUGCUCAAAAUGAAAGGUAUCUACACGCUGCCAGAGGAAGGCGAGUGCUUCAAUGAGGUCAUAUACGUAGAGCUGCAGAAGGAGGAGGCUUCCAAGCUGCUGGAGCAGUACAAGGAGGAGAGCAAAACUGCCCUGCCACCAGAGAAAAAACCCAACCAGGGUGGAGCUCCUGCUAAGAAAGGGGGAAACCGUGGCCGCGGUGGCAAGAACCAGUUCAACCGCGGCGGAGGACCAGGACAGAGAGGAGGCCGGGGUGGUUUCCAGAACCGAGGCAGCUUCAGGGGAGUGCCUGGACCCAGGGGUGGAUUCAGCAGGCCACCUCGAGCAUUCUUGCCUCCACCUGCUUUCCGAGGGGGCUUCUCUAAUCGCGGCAGCUUUAAUCGAGGUGGUGGCAUGCCCAGUCGGGGCGCAGCCCCCAGAGGCGGACCUGCUAGGGGGAACAUGGGCCACAGGGGAGGCGCUAUGAACAGGGGCAGCAUGGCCCGUGGGGGUGGCGGCAACAGAGGCAACUUCAACCAGCAGAAAUUUCGAGGCAGGGGCAGCAACAACAACCGUGGCUUCAAAAACGGCAACUUUGGAAUGAAUAAGGCCCAGGCCUUCAACCAGAACUGGCAACAGGGGUUCUGGAACCAGAAGCCAUGGAGCCAGCAGUAUCAUCCAGGAUAUUAUUGAGGACUUGCAGAAGAAUGGACUGGUGGCACAAUGACACCCCAUACCCCCCACUGCAGAUGCUUACUUUUUUUUUUUUUUUGGAAGUCCCUACUUUUAAUGGAAAAAAAAAAAAAAAAAAACAUUCCGCAUCUUAGGAGAAGUGCCUGUGGGUUCUGUUUGCAGCUUUAUGAAUUUUUUUUUUUUUUUUUUUUUUUUUUUGUAUAUUGGUUAUCCGUUUAUUUUAAAUCCCAUGCUUUAAGACGUUAAGUGUCAGGAACCUCAGCAUUGAUUCAGGGUGGGAUGUUUUUUUGGUGAAUUUCAGGGGUCAACAUUUUAUCUGUACAAUGUGAUUUUUACUGAAGUAUCUGACUUUUGCAUAGUACCAGUUGUCCUUAUUAGUGUUAACUUUGACGCUUAUAAAUCAGGAGCACAUAGUGCUCCUUUUAGAAGCAUGUUGUCAUUGUGGUAAAUUUGUAUUGUAGUCUUGCUGCAUCAAAUGUGUUUCUAAUGGAUGAAGCUGUGAGGGUUGGAUUUUUUUUUUUUUUUUUCCUUUUAAUGCUUCAUUUGUUGGUUAAAAAUACUAAAACCUUGUAAUAGCUAACAGCAGGUUUACAAUAAAUGGGUUCUUUGCUUUUUUUAAAA